CUUCACUUAACCCCGAAAUCAUUUUUUGUUAAUUCAAUAAAUAAACUCGUUUUCAGGCCUCUAUAUAUGUACCCAUUUCCACUCUCUCAAAUCCACAACUCAAAACUCAACGCGAUUUCAGCUUGAUUUGAUACCCUCCAAUUUCAAAGCAUCUUUGAUAUUUUGGUCAGAAAAUCAGAAAUGGCUUCUUUUGUUACUCAAAGUGUCCUACAAAUUUUCCUCGUGAUCUCAUUUUUUCAAAUCUCUUUGGCUGGAAGGAAGCUGAGUGAAGUGGUUCAAGACCAGCCUCAGCUCUUGACAUACCACAACGGCCCUCUCCUUUCGGGCAAAAUUACAGUCAAUCUGAUUUGGUAUGGCAAGUUCAAGCCCUCCGAGAGGACUAUUAUCUCUGAUUUUGUCACCUCUCUUUCGUCUACUAUACCAUCUGUAAACAACCAACCGUCAGUUGCCCAGUGGUGGAAAACCACGGAGAAAUACUAUCACCUCACCUCCAAGAAAUCCUCACUUUCCCUGUCUUUGGGAAAACAGAUUCUUUAUGAGAACUACUCACUUGGGAAGUCACUCAAAAACAAACAAAUUGUUGAAUUGGCCGCAAAGGGUGAUCAAAGCAAUGCCAUUAACGUUGUCUUGACAGCAUCUGAUGUUGCUGUUGAAGGGUUUUGCAUGAGCCAAUGUGGGACUCAUGGGUCUGCCUCGGGCUCAAACAAUGGUCACAUCAAGGCCAAGAGGUACUCCAAAUUCGCUUACAUCUGGGUUGGUAACUCACAGACCCAGUGCCCUGGUCAAUGUGCCUGGCCAUUCCACCAGCCCGUCUACGGACCACAAAACCCACCUUUGAUUGCACCAAACAACAAUGUGGGUCUUGACGGCAUGGUGAUCAACUUGGCUAGCCUCUUUGCCGGGACUGUCACGAACCCUUUUGGAAAUGGUUACUUCCAGGGCCCAGCUGAGGCACCAUUGGAAGCUUCAUCAGCUUGUCCUGGAAUUUAUGGUAAAGGGGCUUAUCCAGGUUAUGCAGGAAACCUACUGGUAGACCCAACAACUGGUGCUAGCUACAAUGCUCAUGGUGACAAUGGAAGGAAAUACUUGCUUCCUGCUUUAUAUGAUCCGUCUACAUCAUCUUGUUCAACUUUGGUCUAACAAUAUGAAGCAGUGAUUAGCAAAUUAGUGUUAGCAUAAUGUACGCGGUUUAUAAAAUGAUGUAAUUCUUUUAUUUGUUAAGCAAACUACUUUGGUUUGCUUUUUCAG